GUUCCUGUCUGCCACGCAAUGCCGCAGAAACGAUGGAGCUGGAGAACACGGCCCACUUGGACUUGAUGUCACCAGCCUCCCUCAGUUCCUGUUUCAUGGUUUCAUUGACAUCAGAACCUGUUUAGCUAGAACUUUCAUGGUGGUGGGCUGAGAUUCUAGUGGAAGCUGCAGAAAAAUGUUUGUUUUCAUCUAUCCAUCCGUCUUCUAACGCUGCCUCGUAUUUAGGGUCACCAUGUUGCUGGAGCCUAUCCCAGCCUCUGUAGGGAGAAGGGGGGGGUUUGUUCUGCUCUCCUGUCCAUCCCAGACUCACAGCUGCAACAUUUGGACCUACGCGUCUACGAGGAGAACAUGCAAACAGAACGGGUUUGAACCAGGACCUGCUUUCUGUUUGGUGAGAGUGCUGACCGCUACACCACCGUGCACUGUGUGCAUCACGCCUCUGUUCUGCUGAGAAGGAAGGAUGAAAAACAGAUGAAGUUUUUGGAGGUGGAAGGAGCUCCUCGCAGGAGCCUGCAGCUCCUCCUCUCGUUACUCCAGAUCAGGAUUCCAGGAGCUGCAGAUGUUCUCCAGGUCCUCCUCUCCGCCGCAUGGGGGCUGGUUUAUGGAGGGAGGGAGGGAACCUCGCAGCUUCUCAGUCAGCCGAGUGAAAACAGACGAGGAACGUGAGCCGAAGCCAUGAGUCCGCUCCUGCUGCUCCUGCUCUGCAGCUCUGCGGUGGCUUCAGGGCGGGGGGACCGGUUCACCAACCACUGGGCCGUCCGGAUCCGGGGGGGUCCAGAACAGGCUGAUGCAGUCGCAGAGAAGUAUGGAUACAGAAACCUGGGACAGGUCGGGGGUCUGCAGGAUCUCUACCACUUCCACCACAGCAGGGUGCUCCGCCGCGCCGCCUUCCCGCUCCGGGGCCGCCACAGCUUCAUCCACCUGGACGCCAAGGUGGCGUGGGCCCAGCAGCAGCUGGUGAAGCCGAGAGUAAAGAGGUCUGUCCUGAGAGACUCCGCCCUCCUCAGCUUCAAUGACCCUAAAUGGUCAAAGAUGUGGUACAUUCACUGUCAGGAUGGAAGCGGACGCUGUCGCUCUGAGAUGAACGUUCUGGCCGCCUGGCAGAGAGGGUUCACCGGCAGGAACGUGGUGGUCAGCAUCCUGGAUGACGGCAUUGAGAGGACCCACCCUGACCUGAGCCAGAACUACGAUCAUCUCGCAAGUUACGACAUCAACGGGAACGACCACGACCCGACGCCACGCUACGACUCCCGCAACGAAAACGUACAUGGAACCAGGUGCGCCGGCGAGGUGGCAGCAGCGGCCAACAACUCGCAUUGCAUCGUGGGAAUUGCCUACAACGCCCACAUUGGAGGGAUUCGGAUGCUGGAUGGAGAUGUGACGGACAUCGUGGAAGCCAAAUCCCUGCGGAUCCGCCCGGACUACAUCCACAUCUACAGCGCCAGCUGGGGGCCAAAGGAUGACGGCAGGACCGUGGACGGGCCGGGGCCGCUGACCAGGCUGGCCUUUGAAGAAGGCAUCAAGAAGGGCCGCCGAGGCCUGGGCUCCGUCUUUGUGUGGGCUGCAGGUAACGGGGGCCGGCAGGCCGACCACUGCUCCUGUGACGGCUACACCAGCAGCAUCUACACCAUCUCCGUGUCCAGCACCACCGAGAACGGAAACAAGCCCUGGUACCUGGAGGCCUGCAGCUCCAUCAUGGUCACGACCUACAGCAGCGGAGACUUUCACGAGAGGAAGAUGGUCACCACGGAUCUGUGGCAGCGCUGCACCGACGGUCACACCGGAACCUCCAUCUCCGCCCCCAUCGUGGCUGGAGUCAUCGCUCUCGCCCUGGAGGCCAAUUUUCUGCUGAGCUGGAGGGACGUCCAGCACCUGCUGGUGAAGACGUCUAGACCCGCCCACCUGAAGGCUGAAGACUGGAAGACCAAUGCCGCAGGACUCACAGUCAGUCACCUGUACGGCUUCGGCCUGGUGGACGCCGAGGCCAUGGUGAUGGAGGCCAGGAGGUGGAGGACGGUUCCUCCUCAGCACACCUGCAGUCAGGUGUCAGCGCGGCGCAGCAGGCACAUCCAUGCAGGACUACGCCUUAACAGCAGCAUCACCACAUCUGGAUGUUCAGAAGAUCCCCAGGUGCACGUUCAGCACCUGGAGCAUGUGGUCGUCAAGGUGCUGCUGCUACAUCCACGACGAGGAGAUCUGGAGAUCGAGCUCAUCUCUCCAUCUGGAACGAGGUCACAGCUGCUGGGCAGGAGGUUGCUGGACAGCUCCAGUGAGGGCUUCAGGAACUGGGAGUUCAUGAGCGUUCACUUCUGGGCUGAGACACCAGCUGGUACGUGGACCCUGGAGGUCAAAGACACUCCAUCCAAACUCCGCAACCCAGAGGUGUUGGGAAACCUGAAAGAAUGGACUUUGAUCCUUCACGGUACCUCCCAGAGUCCAUACCAGAACCCUGCUGUUCCUCACCCACGCUCCGGAGAGCAGGAAACCCCGGAGGAGCCGGAGGAGGAAGAGGAGGAGUACAGCGGCCCGUGUCACAGAGAGUGUGCAGAUCGAGGCUGUGAUGGACCAGCAGCUGAGGACUGCCGGAGCUGCAUCCACUUUAGUCUGGGCAGAACCUGCGUGAGCCAGUGUCCACAGGGAACCUUUGAGAACGGGACGUCCCGGCGCUGCCAGCGCUGCUCCAGAGGCUGUGAGAGCUGCCGCGGACCGUCGGUGAGGGACUGCCUGUCCUGCAGGAGGGGGCGGUUCCUAAACCUGCUCACCUCCAGCUGCUCGCACACCUGCCCCCCCGGGACCUUCACAGACGACGGUCAGAGGCGCUGUGGGAGCUGUGACGACAGCUGCAGGGAAUGCAUCCAGCAGGCAGACAGGUGCACAGCCUGUUACCACGGUUACAGUCUGGCAGGGAUGGCGUGCGUCCCUCAGUGCGGCGCCGGGACCUUCUUCCACGUGGAGGAGAGGAGCUGCAGCUCCUGCCACUCCUCCUGCAGGACGUGCUCAGGGGCGGGGCCGGAGGCGUGUCUGCACUGCGCCGAGGGCUUCCUGCAGCAGGAGUGGAGGUGUGUCCAGGCGUGCUCGCCGGGGUUCUAUCCGGGAACGGCAGCGGGCCUCCCUCAUGGGCUCUGUCACAGGUGUGAGGAGAACUGUCUGCGCUGCAGCGGAGCAGGGAGCAGCUGCAGCCGAUGCACGGCGGGCUUCAGUCUGAUCAGCCGGACCUGCAUCAUGAAGGCCUCCUGCAGCGAUGCAGACGAAGUCUUCUGUGAGAUGGUGAAGACCAACCGUCUCUGCCAGAGGAAGUUCUACCGGCAGUUCUGCUGCCGUACCUGCCUGAUGAACGCCUGAGCGCUGUAGACCGGACCCAGCAGAACCUCCAGAACCGCAGCAGAUGGACCACAGAAGGACGGACUCAUCACAGACGCUUCACUCCUGCAGCUCCUCUGGGAUCUUCAGCUGCAGGAACCAGCAGCUGCUGCUCAUUGGUGGAUGCGGGCCUGGAGGCGGAGCCUCGGUGGUGACGGUCAGGGCUGGACGCUGCAGAAGCAGAGGUUCCAUUCUGCAGCAGGAUUUCAAAAUAAAAGAUCCUGAUCAAAAGAA